AGAGCGAAAGCAUUCAGUACAACGUCAACAGUUUAAGAGUGAAGCCACGUUGGUGCGGCGGUCCAAUUACAAACUUUUGAAAUGUCGUCGCGGAUGUCUCAUAACAUAAUACGUUAAAAUCGUUUUCCGAUCGAAGUGAAAUGAACUUAAUAGUGUAAAUGAACUAGUUAAAAGAAUUUUUUGAAACGAUGUACCAUCUAUUAGCAGUGUUAAUUUUCGUUAUUCACGGAGGUGGUGGUUCUCGUUUCGACGGUCCCGAACAAUGUUCCUGGUUACCGGAUAAUUCGGAUACGUCUUCGUCGAAAUUAUCGGUUACGUGUAAAGUACGAACUUUAGAAGAAGGGGCUAAUAUAACAGCCCUACCGACGGAAGUUACUUCAAGAUUGAAAAUCCAUUGCAACGACGUUUUGUUUUUCGAAAGUUUCCUACCAUCAGCUGGUUUACAUCGACUUCACGAACUGGAAGAAUUGAAAAUUAACAAUUGUAAAAUUUUAACUGUACCACCAAAUUCUUUUCAAGGGUUAUAUAACGUGAAAAAACUUUCUAUAAAUACUUUUAACGCCGAUUGGGGUCCUACGAAGACGUUAGAUUUAACCACGUACAGUUUAGAAGGACUUAAAGAAUUACAAGUAUUGGAUUUAGCUGAUAAUAAUUUGAGGGCUCUACCUGACGGUAUUUUUUGCUCUUUAACGAAUCUUCAAACUUUAAAUUUAACUAGAAAUCGAAUCAGAAAUCCUGAAAGAAUCGGCAUAAACGUACCAGAAUGCAGUAACAGUGAAUUACAAAACUUGGAUCUAUCAUUUAACGAUUUGAGAAUCAUAAAUGAAGAAACUGGUUUCUCAAGAUUAAGAAGACUUCAACAUCUUUAUCUACAAAAUAAUAAUAUAACAGAAUUAUCCGGUGAAUCUUUAGCAGGUGUGGUAUCGUUGAAAAUAUUAAAUUUGAACAAUAAUAAAAUUGGUACUUUAUCAGAAGGUUUAUUCGCUGGUACACCUGAAUUAAAAGAAAUCCAUAUACAAAAUAAUCUGUUAUAUUCUCUAGCUAAAGGAAUAUUUCAUAGAUUAGAACAAUUAUUGGUGUUAAAUCUAUCCGGAAAUCAAUUAACUAGUAAUCAUAUAGACGCUGGAACUUUCACUGGACUAAUUCGUCUUAUUAUACUGAAUUUAUCUCAUAACGCUUUAACCCGCAUCGAUGGAAGAACUUUUAAAGAUUUAUUCUUUUUACAAAUAUUAGAUUUGAGAAACAACUCCAUAGGAUUUAUUGAAGAUAACGCUUUUUUACCACUCUACAAUCUACACACUUUAAAUUUAGCAGAAAACAGAUUAAACACCAUCGGUUUACAAUUAUUCAACGGACUUUUCGUUCUCAGUAAACUCACUCUCAACAACAAUCUUAUCGUGAAUAUAGAUUCCAGCGCUUUUUUGAAUUGUUCGGCUUUAAAAGAGCUCGAUUUGAGUUCGAACGCGCUAUCAGAAGUGCCGGACGCUAUUCAAGAUUUGUCUUUUCUAAAAACUUUAGAUUUGGGCGAAAACCAAAUAUCCCAUUUCAAAAAUGGUUCGUUCAAAAAUUUAAAUCAAUUAACCGGUUUGCGUAUGAUCGAUAAUAACGUCGGGAAUUUAACGAGAGGUAUGUUUUGGGACCUACCUAAUUUACAAGUGCUCAAUCUCGCUAGGAAUAAAAUUCAAAAUAUCGAAAGGGGUACUUUCGAUAGGAACACUCAAAUCGAAGCUAUACGUUUGGACGAAAAUUUUCUAACGGAUAUAAACGGCGUGUUCGCGACUUUAGCUAGUUUAUUGUGGUUGAAUUUAUCGGAAAAUCAUUUGGUGUGGUUCGAUUACGCGUUUAUACCAAGUAAUUUAAAGUGGUUGGACAUACACGGUAAUUUCGUCGAACAUCUCGCUAAUUAUUACAAGAUACAAGACGAAAUUAGAGUGAAAACAUUAGACGCUAGUCAUAAUCGUAUAACGGAUAUUACUCCGAUGUCAAUUCCGAAUAGUAUAGAACUUUUAUUUAUAAAUAAUAAUUUUAUAAAAUCCGUACAACCGAAUACUUUUUUGGAUAAAAUUAAUUUGGCUCGCGUCGAUAUGUACGCCAACGAUUUAGUUAAUUUGGAUUUGAACGCUUUACGUAUACCCCACGUACAUUCGAAUCGAUCUUUACCGGAGAUUUAUUUGGGCGGUAAUCCUUUUCAUUGCGAUUGCACGAUGGAAUGGCUUCAACUCAUCAACAACAUGUCAGCUUCCAGGCAGUAUCCACGCGUGAUGGAUUUGGAAAAUAUCGUAUGUAAAAUGACGCAUUCCAGAGGUAUGACCCAUAUGCCUUUAAAUCAAGCCAAACAAAACGAUUUUCUUUGUACUUACGAAACGCAUUGUUUCGCUUUAUGUCAUUGCUGUGAUUUCGACGCUUGUGAUUGCGAAAUGACCUGCCCGAAUAACUGUACUUGUUAUCACGAUCAAACUUGGAAUAACAACGUGGUGGAUUGUUCGGGGCGGUACGCCGACGAAGUUCCCCAAAAAAUACCGAUGGACGUUACGGAAUUAUAUUUGGACGGUAAUAAUAUUAGGGAAUUGCAAAAUCACGUGUUUAUCGGUAGGAAAAAUAUGCGGGUUCUUUUCGUUAAUAAUAGCGCGGUGGAAACUAUACAGAAUAGUACUUUUAACGGUUUGCAAUUUUUACAAAUUUUGCAUUUGGAAGAUAAUAAAAUUGUCGAAUUGAAAGGUUACGAAUUCGAGCAAUUGUCGCAUUUGAAAGAACUUUAUUUACAAAAUAAUCGAAUAUCGGUUAUAGGUAAUAAUACUUUGGAACCUUUAACUUCUUUGGAUGUUCUUCGUUUGGACGGUAAUAAAUUAGUGACGUUUCCGGUGUGGCAGUUAUCAGCAAAUUCUCGUUUAUCUGUUAUCAUGUUAAGUAACAAUCAGUGGUCUUGUAGGUGUAAAUUUUUACAAGGACUUACCGCGUGGGUGGCGGAUAACGCUGUUAAAAUCGUCGAUAGUGCAGAUAUGAUGUGUUAUAACCCGGAUUCGAAACCGCCGCAACGCCGCGAACUCGAUUUUAACAGUACCGCGUGUAGUGAUUUUUACGCCGGUAGUUCUGUAAUCGAUAGUAUGCUGGUAUCGGAUUAUUGGCCGAUGGUCGUUGUGACUUUAUGCGUCGUGAUUUUUCUACUACUAGCUCUAGUGUUAUGGUUCAUAUUCCGAGAUUCCGUGCGAGUAUGGUUAUAUUCGAGAUACGGGGUGAGAUUGUGCAGUUUCCGCGCCACCGCCGCCAAACAGUACGAAGACAGAGAUAAAUUAUAUGACGGCUUCGUGUGCUACAGUCCCAAAGACGAAGAAUGGGUAGUUCAAGCUCUAGCCGCGGAAUUAGAGCCGAAAUUUCAAUUGUGUUUACAUUAUAGAGAUUUACCGCAUACCGCGUAUAUACAACACGCCGCCCCCGCGGUUCUAGAAGCGGCAGAAGCGAGUCGAAGAGUGAUAGUAGUUUUAACGCGAAAUUUUUUACAGACCGAAUGGUCUCGAUUCGAAUUACGUCAAGCCCUACACGAAGCUCUCAAAGGGCGAGUAUUUAAAUUAGUGUUAUUAGAAGAAGGUCCGCUUCCAGAAGCCGAACUCGAUCCGGAGUUGCGACUUUAUUUGAAAACCUCAGAAAGGAUAAGGUGGGGGGAAAAACGAUUUUGGGAAAAAUUGAGGUACGCUAUGCCUUCAGUCGAACCCAGAGGAAAAAUAAACGCUAAUUAUAGGAGGAAUAUAAAUAAUUAUACCAUCGAUUCGAGAGUAGUGGCUAACGGUGCACACCACACUCAUCAUACUUACCCCGAGAAAAUACGAACUCAGGGUCCACCGAGUCCCGGUAUGCAAAUGUUACCUCCCUCGUAUUCUACAGCGGUGCCGCAAGAGGGCGACGACGCUAAUUAUUCUUCGGCGACGACGGCCACUCCGUCACCGAGGCCGAUGCGGAGAGCCCAAGAACCUAGGCCGAUAUCGGAUCAUAUUUAUUCUAGUAUAGAUUCCGAUUACAGCACUUUGGAAAGGGGGGGUUCCGGUAGACGGGGCCCCCCGUGGAGACCACAACACGUGAUGAUGCAAGCGGGAAUAAACAAUGGAGGCCAGGCCUAUCUUGUGUGAUAACUUUAUAUGACUGAUUAGGUAUAUAUAUAAAUAUAUAUACAUAAACAUAUUUAACAAUUUACUACUCAAAGACUUUAUAUUUCAAAAUUGAAAUUGUGUAAUUAUUAAUUAUUUGUACCUAUUAUUUUUGUACAUUACUGUAUAUAGAUAUAUUUAUUUUGUUUUUAUUGAUUUUUUUGUAUUAUUAUGUGUAUAUUUUUUACGAAUUGCAAACAAACGAAUUAUAUAAUAAAUACGAUGUCAAAUAAUAUAAUUAUUAA